AUGGUCCGAACUCACUUAAAAGCAGCUCAAGACCGACAAAAGUCGUACGCUGAUAAACGGAGAAGACCAAUUGAAUUUCAAGUCGGUAACAAAGUCAUGCCCAAGGUGUCCCCAUGGAAGGGAGUUAUCCGGUUCAGAAAGAAAGGGAAAUUGAGCCCAAGAUUUAUCGGACCAUUUACGGUUAUCGAACGGGUAGGAAAAGUAGCUUAUCGUCUUGAUCUAGCGGAGGAACUAAGCAGAAUUCAUAGCACAUUUCAUGUGUCACAUCUUCGAAAAUGUCUAGCGGAUGAGACAACUUAUAUCCACUACGAUGAUAUCGAGGUGGAUGACAGAUUAAACUAUGUGGUAAAACCUGUUGCGAUUCUGGAUCGUAAGGUGAAAACCUUAAGGAAUAAAGAGAUCAAUCAAGUAAAGGUCAAAUGGGAACACAAGAAGGGUGCAGAUACCACAUGGGAAUCCGAAGAGGAAAUGCAACGGCUUUACCCUACUCUAUUUGAUACAAAUGAAUUGGAGGAAGAAGAAGAAAGGAGUGAAGGAGAGGGUGAAUUAGGGUUUGAAAAGCUCACAAGAGCUCAGAGAAAAAGGCUUCGAAAGAAUAAGCUAAAUGAAGGUGCUUCUAAAGGAAACAGAUUAUUAGACCGCAGUUGA